AUGCGCUCAGAUACCAAUUUGAAGACUGGCACUGAUCUCUGUCUUGGUCAGAACGUUCUUGCUACCAAUGAUGCUAGUGAACAAGAAGAUGCUGACCUAUCAUCUAAAUCCGAUGAAGAAAACGCUAAGAAUGAGAUGGCUGUUCUUCGAGGAAAACUGGCUCGAAUGAAAAUGGAGAAUCGUCGAUUGAGUUUUAUGCUUGAUCAGCUUCAAACAGAUUAUGAUACCUUGCAAAUGCGUUUUGAGAAAGUGAAGCAGGACAAGAAGGCCAAGCAAGUCGAAGGACAAGAAAGGUUUGUUGGAAAAUCUGAAAAGAAAAGGAAAAUUGAGAAUGGUGGAGCAUUGGUUCCAAGAGAUUUUUUGGAGCAUGAAUUGGCUACUAAUAAUGACACUGAGAUGGAUCCUGAACCUUCUUCGAGAACAAAAAGUUCUGAUCAAUUGAAAUCCCCACAGGAGAACCACAUUGCUCCAAACUUUGUUAAUGAUGAUUCAACUGAUGUUGCUGCAAUCUUGACGAGAGCAAGAGUUUCUAUUAGAGCUAGAUCAGAUGGAAUCUUGGUUUCUGAUGGAUGCAAGUGGAGGAAGUAUGGACAAAAAAUAGUGAAAGGAGACCCGAGUCCUCGUGCUUAUUAUAGGUGCAGCAUGGUUAGGGGUUGCCCAGUUAGAAAACAGGUAGGCUUUCUCCUUUAA